AUGGCACCUCCAAGGAAGUCUAGAAGUGUGAAUAAGCGGUUUACAAAUACAAAUGAUCUUUCUCCUGAGAAAGAUGGAGUUGGCUCAAGUAAAAACAAGCACAGGAAGAAGAAACUGUCUAAUAAAUUGGGAUCUCAGUGGAGUAAGCAGGAACUUGAGCGAUUCUAUGAAGCAUACAGAAAAUAUGGGAAAGAUUGGAAGAAGGUGGCUGCUGCUGUACGUAAUAGAUCCAUUGAAAUGGUGGAAGCUCUUUACAAUAUGAAUCGGGCAUACCUAUCUCUACCAGAGGGGACGGCUUCUGUUGUGGGCCUCAUUGCAAUGAUGACAGAUCAUUAUAAUGUCCUGGAAGAGAGUGAUAGUGAAAAGGAGAGCAAUGAUGCACCAGGAUCUCGGAAACCUGUGAAACGAAAGCGUGAAAAAAUUCAGUUUAGUGUUUCAAAGGAUCCUGUCCAGUCUCAGUCUGUAACUUCCAGUGAUGGUUGCCUCUCUCUACUGAAGAAAAGACGCAUUGAUGGUAUCCAGCCUCGUGCAGUUGGGAAGAGGACACCCCGAGUUCCAGUCUACCACUCUUACAAAGAUGAUAGGGAAAAUUAUGUUUCACCUAAUAAAAGAAGUUUGAAGUCCACUGCUGAUGCUAAUGAUGACGAAGCUGCACAUGUAGCUUUGACAUUAACCAGGGCUUCACAAAGAGGAGACUCUCCCCUUUCUCAAACACCACAUAGGAGAGCAGGGCAGAAGUCCUCUCUUGUUCAGAGCCGGGAAAGAAAGCAAAUAUCAGAAAAGACUCGUGCCAAGUUACACAAUGUUCCUGUGGGUGAAGAGUUUGUGGAAGGUAGUCUAGAAAGCAGAGGAGCUGAAAAUGGAGAAUAUGCUAGAGAUACUAGUUCCUUGAUAGAUAUGGAAGGAACGAGCACCGCUGGAGUUCUUCUAAAGAAAGGAAAAUUUUAUAGAAAAAAAGAGAAAUUGGAAAAUAUUGGAAAUGAUCAGCUUGAUGAUGGAGGAGAAGCAUGCAGUGGUACUGAAGAAGGACUUAGUGUUAGGUCUUUGAAGGAAAAUAAUAUGGAGGGUACUAAUGAAAGGCUUGAGCAAUUCUCUCCAACAAGUCAGCGGAAAAAAAGCCAAAACCUCUUUUUUGGAGAUGAAAUCCACGCCUUGAAUGCUUUGCAAACUUUGGCCGAUCUAUCUCUAAUGAUGCCGACAUCUAAAGUAGAAUCUGAUUCACCUGUCCAGUUGAAGGGAGAAAGAAUGACUGUUGUUAAAGAUGACAAGUCUGCUUUACCUGAAGCAACUUCAACAAGUCAUAAGAGAAAUAAAGUUAGACUCCGCGGGGUCUCUGUAGCCGACACUUCAACGUCCAAAAAAGCUAAACUCGGAAAAGAUAUAGCAAAUGAUACCAGUGCUCUUUCUGAAUCAAAAGAGCAGCUUCCGUUUGCUGAUAAAACAUGGAAAAGAAAGCACAAGUCCACUGUUUCAAAGGCUGUGGAUGAUGGGAACAAACCUGCAAUUAAAGGAAAACAAACUGAUCAUGUUAUUGCCUCACCAAAACAAUUGAAGAUGGUCAAACCAUCAGAGGUUGUCUUGCGUGGUGAUCAGAAAGUCUUAGCAAUAUCAACCGCUGAAAUUCCACUUUUGAGUGAAAUUAGUUCUCCAACCAAACAAAGAAGUAGACGCAAGAUGAUUUUUCAGAGACCAUCCAUGCCUAAAGAGAAGUCUUCUGAGAAUAUAUUGAAAAACAAACAUAAUAACUACUCUACCCAAAAGGAAAAGCUUUCCAGUUGCUUGUCAUCUUCUUUGGUUCGCAGAUGGUUUACUUUUGAAUGGUUUUAUAGUGCACUUGAUUAUCCAUGGUUUGCCAAAAGAGAAUUUGUGGAGUACUUAAACCAUGUGGGGCUGGGGAAUAUCCCAAGGCUAACUCGUGUUGAGUGGAGUGUCAUAAAAAGUUCCCUUGGUAAACCACGCAGGUUUUCUGAACAUUUUUUACACGAAGAAAGACAAAAACUUGAACAGUAUCGAGAAUCAGUGAGGAAGCAUUAUUCUGAGCUGCGGACUGGUGUCAGAGACGGACUUCCGACAGAUUUAGCGAGACCAUUAUAUGUUGGACAACGAGUAAUUGCCAUUCACCCCAAAACAAGAGAGAUUCAUGAUGGUAGUGUGCUUACUGUUGACCAUGACAAGUGCAGAAUUCAGUUCGACCGUCCUGAGUUAGGAGUUGAAUUCAUCAUGGACAUUGAUUGCAUGCCUUUGAAUCCAUUAGAUAAUAUGCCAGAAGCUUUGAGGAGGCAGAUUGGUGCCAGAAAAGCCUCUUUUAUAACUAAAGAACCACAGAUUAAUGGAAAUUCAAGUUUUGGGGGAUGUGAAAUGCAUUCCUCACCUGUAAAGGUACACUCCUCUUCAAGUGCUUCAGUAAAGCAAGGAAAGGUGGAUGCUAACCAUGCCACUUCCCAGACCAAUAUUGAUAACCUCUGUGCUCAAGCUGCUUGUGCUCAACCGUCUCAAGUGAUGCAACAUGAAGCUAAAGAAGCUGAUAUACAUGCACUUUCUGAACUAAAGCGUGCUCUAGAUAAGAAGGAGACAGUGCUAAUAGAACUUCGAAAUGCAAAUAAUGGCAUAUUGGAAAAUCAAAACGGCAUAGAAUGUUUAAAAGAUCCUGAAGGUUUCAAGAAGCACUAUGCCACGGUACUUGUAGAGCUAAAGGAAGCCAGUGGACAGGUUUCUGAUACCAUGCUUCAAUUAAGGCAACGCAACACCUACAUGGACAACUCUUUCCCACCAUGGAUGAAGCCCAAAGCAGAUUUUGAAGUUAAUGAUGAUCUUCCUAGUGUGUUGGAUAAUUCUAUGACACAAGAGUCUAGGUCAACUGUCAUUGAAAUUGUUAAAAGAUCCAGGCUACGGGCACAUGCAAUGCUGGAUGCUGCAUUUCAGGCAUGGUCUCAAGCUACAAAGGAAGGUAAAGAUGCUAUUACGAGGAUUGGACAGGCAUUGGAUUCUAUUGAUUAUCAGCAAUUGUCCUCUAAGUACAGGUUGCCUGUGAUAAGGUCCCAAGAUCAAGUGAAUGGCAGUUUUUAUCAGCAUAAUCAAUCGACUUGCAAAGCAUCCGAGCCUUUACUUAAUGAUGCAUCUGGUCCAAAAUUGCAUAAAGAUUCUGAUGAAGUUGAUUUUGAAAUACCGUCAGAGCUCAUCACUUCAUGUGUUGCUACAUUAACCAUGAUACAGAGUUGUACAGAACGACAAUACCCUCCAGCAGAUGUGGCUCGGAUAUUAGAUUCUGCUGUUACCAGCUUGCAACCGUGCGAUCCUCGAAACCUUCCUAUUUACAGAGAAAUUCAAAUGUGCAUGGGAAGAAUUAAGACCCAGAUUUUAGCUCUCAUCCCUACUUAG